AAGAUAUGUAUAAAUAGAAGAGGAAGAGAGAAAUAAAACAUGUAGUCUAAACACUCGUAUUGUACUAAUACUAAAAGGCGGAAGCCGUAUCAUUGAGUCGUCUCAGUGAUUCAUGAUGCCGAAGCUGCGAGUAUGUGGAAGAGCCUGGAUGAUAGGAUCGGACGACUUGUUUAUCCCUAGCGGCUUAAGCAUCUACUUCAAAAUUUUAUCUCUUACAAUGGUGCUGACGAUGAUCAUUCUUCUCCAUAACAAGCUUCUAAGAUGCGAUCAGCCUUUCUUUUAUGUUUCUCUCUAUCUCUAUGGAUGCCUUGCAAUUAUAGUGACGAUACUUAUAAUCGACCUAACCGUGUUCUGCCUCAGUCGUAGAGGAGCCAUAAUGGAUGAGCAUCCACGAAGGCGCAUUCCCGGUUUAUUCAUAGCCAGAUGUGUCUUAGCUGGAGUGGAAUUGGGUUGGACGGGGUUUGGAACUUUUGUCGUAAGCUACAAAUUUCCAUGUGAUUUCACCCCGCAUGUUCUCAUUAUAAUUUGGAUUGUCGCUUCAUGGCUCCUGUUCUUUUUCUUCAUCCUCGGAAUUCUCGUCAUCUUUGAUCCUUUGGGUUCUACGCCUUGUGAUAGUGACGAGUACCCAGUACAUGCCAGUAAAAUCUGGAAAAUGCGGAUGCAUCUUCUGCGAAUGCUCAUGUGCAGAUACAAAUAUUACAAGGAGUUCGAAGAUGUCGCGAGGCUCUUCCAAACAGAAAUGAGACACAACGAGCUUGUGAUCACUGACAUCACAGCCGGUCUCAUGCUCAUGUCCAGAAAACAUCAUCUGGAAGCGGAGAGAUUUUUCAACGAGGCGUCCAACUUUGCAAUGGAAGAACAGUUGACAGUCAAGGACGCGGAGAGAGUGAUGUACUUUUACAAGUUUGCUAAUGCAGCUUACGGAUGGCCGAAUUAUAUAAUAGAGGAUAGAGCACAUGUGAUAGAGAUUUGUUGCGCGUGCAGUUGUAGAGAAGACGGCUAUGUCAAUUUAAUCUCGCGAGAGGGAGAGUGCGCAUGCCAUUACAACUCGAGAACCGUCAUCAACAGAGCUGGAAUCAGUCGAGAAGACCUAAUCGCAAUCUCCUUCCAGAACACCAUACACGAAACGCCCUUCUAUGUAUGUAUGGACCACGAGUCUAAAAAUGUCAUUGUUGCAAUUAGAGGAACCCAGUCUCUGGCGGAUUGUCUGACAGACAUGAUUAUCCAUCCUGAGCCGAUUGCUUGGGGUUAUCCAGACACAUUUCUAGGCCAUAAGGGAAUGCUCGCUGCUGCCAAUUUUGUAUACACCAAAAUUCAGAGAAUCGGCUGUUUCGAUUACUGCUAUGAGAAGUGGCCUGACUAUAAAUUAGUAGUUGUUGGACAUAGUUUGGGAGCUGGUGUUGCUGGCUUGUUAGCAUUUAUAUUGCGUAGUCGAGACUAUCUUAAGAAACGUGAAGUCACUUGCUAUACAUAUGCACCGCCUGGAAUUCUGCUGUCGAAAGAAGCGUCAGAUCAUUCGAGAAGUUUCUGCUUCAGUGGUGUUGUAGAGAGAGAUAUUGUACCUAGAUUCUCACUUGGAGCUCUACGGCGUCUGGAACGCGAGUUGAGUGAAGUGCUUUAUGAGUGCAAGCAAAAUAAAUCUGCCAUUAUUUUCGGAUCUGUGGCCGGAUGCUUUGCGAAACUUCCGUGUUGUCGGUGUCUUAAGAAGAAAGAACCGGACUUAAAGGAUUCCUACUUCCCAGGUGACAAAAUAUGUGAAAGUGUCGAUAAUUGCCGAGAAGAUGGUCAUGAUUGUCAUGCGGCCACUGGACAUCAGUUAGUUUCGGAUAAUUGUUACUGUCGGGAAGAUCCGGCGGAUAAUUCGAGGGCGAAUUCAUAUGUGAUUCCACAUCAGUUUCAUGACGUUGCAAUUCAGAUAGAUUUAGAAGACGACACUGGAGUGAUCACGAAAGAACCGAGAGACCAGACCUCGACUCGAAUGGGAGCGUCAACUGCGUUUGGGAGUAAUACGAAUAGUGGGGCUCCGUCUACAUCCAGUGGCGUGACCUCGAAAAUAUCGGAAAUCAUUCACCGACAGGAGAGGGAAAGGGAAGCGUUCAGAUAUGUCCCGAGACGACAAAAAGAUGAUGUGCAAAUUGGGCACACAACUCCACUUUACCCUCCGGGUAUCUUCCUGUACUUCGAACCAUGUCACCCCACCGAAGACCUGACCCUGCUAGAGAAGAAUGGCAGACGCUUCACAAAGCUGCCUCACUUUCUGAACUACGUGCGCAAGUGGAAAGAGUAUCAGUACUUUUGGAUCGAGAGAGAGUUCUUUGAUCGGAUCUUUAUCGCAGACCGAAUGUUCACUUCUCAUUUUCCGUAUACAAUGGACUACGCUAUAGUGCUGGGUCAGCCGCGCAUCGACAUUUUGAAGCCAGACAAACAGGAUAAGAAGAAAUUAGAUAUUUCUGAGGACAAAGCUGUGAAAGGUACAGCGGGUAAGAGAAAAAGCAAGGAUAACUUUGCAGAAGCGUUUCCUAAAAAGGCUUCUAGCUCGGAUUUGGAGGAAACUUACGACGUACCAUCUGAAGAGUAUGCGGAAAAUACGAACCUGGACCUUAAAGACCAGAGACAGGAAAAGAGUGCCCAGACCAUUUCAAUAUCGGAUUUGGACAUGUCAAAUCAGUAUUCAAGAAGACUGUCUGACAUCACUGAACGUCACGAAGGUACCCGGCUUGGAUGGUCCACGCCAUAUGAGGAGUCUAAUAUUGGCUCAGAUAAAGAUGCGAUAAAGCGCAAAAAACAGAAGAGGCGAUGGUCGCAAGAAAAAGAUAAUACACAUCACAGAAAUUCGUCUUCGCCUAUAAAUUUUGAUGAUCGCGCUGAGUUCUCAAAGUCUCACAUAGGGGAUGAAAGUGGGGUAACGUAUAAAGGGGGUCCCAUACAGAAACGAAGGUCAUCGCAACUUCCGAGAGAGGAAUCAGUUCAAGAUGUUACUAACAGGUCACCUGCUAAGAAAACAGAACUAACGUCUUCGAGUACUAAAAUCACAGACAAAGGCAAUCAAAAAACAGACAAAGGCAAUCAAAAUACGGACAAAACUUCACCGACUAGUCAAAACAGACUAAGGUUUUCAUCUUCCAACGGAAAUACAGACCGGGAUAAAUCGCCAAGCAACCAAGUCACUGAUAACCCAAAGUGGGGUCAAAUGUUAUCAUCGCCCAAUGAAGCUGUAGAUCAGGGUGAAAGGUCACGAGGAAGCAAUCAGUUGACGACCCACAGAACAUCAGCAAGAUCGGACGAUAAGGGGUCAAGUCGGAGACGGGUCAAGGUCAAAAGAAAGAAAAGAUCACCCGGAGGGUCAACAAGUCUGCAAGUGCGAGGCAGUGAAACUAAUGCUAAAAGUGAAGGUAGACUUUCAAGGAGAUCGGCAACUGCAAGAGAAUCAGAACUAAGCGAGAAGGCCUUCUCAAAAUGACAACAGGUCAAUCGGUAUAGAAAAUCGCGAGUGUAGAUUUGUUUUUGUAAUAGUUUUGCCUAUGCGAAGGCAGAAAUUCAACGCUUGAUUAUUUGCUAGUUGUACAUGGAUUUUGCUUUAUACAUUUAAAUUGUAUUUGAAUACACACUACAUAGGUAGGGUAUUGUUCUGGAUAAUAUACCCUAAUUUAUGUUUAGUACCUCAAUUUAUAGCUUAUGCCAAUUUGCAAUAAUAGUAAUUUAUAGCAAUAAUUCUUCCAAUUUAAAUUAUGA